GACGAGAAGCAACGGAGCGUAGACCCGGAAAGAAGACCCGGAUCCAAACCCAACAACACCGAGUAAUCAUUCCCGGACGAUGCUGAAGCCAUCUUGCUUCAUCCUAUCAAGUUUUCAAUUCGUCAAAACUACUUGUGACUUCAAAAUUUGCAAGUAAGCGCAUAUCAAAACCCGUUUACUGGUUUGGAACUUCACUUAAUUUCGAAAUUGGAAGAAUAAGAGGAAGAAGGAGGAAACAACUAUGGCGGGGCAUCCCCAGGAGGGAUCCUUGCUGCAAUUCGCACCGAUGCAGAGCUUGGUCGAUGAAGGUUUCUGGCACAGAUUGUCUUCUUUAAAGCUCAACAAACUUGGCAUUGAUGAUUCUCCAAUACCAAUUAAUGGAUUCUAUGCACCUUGCUCGCAUUCUCAAGUAUCAAAUCACUUAACUGUUUUAGCUGAGUCCUUGCCUUCUGAAUCAAGUGAGUCGUUAUUGUCCCCAGAUACUACCCGCGGCAACAGGAACAGGUGCUCUGUUCCAGGCAUACUUUACAAUACUAAUACUGUAGAAAGCUUCCAUGCACUUGACAAAAAGAACCUCUUGAAGGCAGAAGCUAGCAAGAUCUGGGAGGACAUUCAAACUGGAAAAGCUGUGGAGGACUCUGCAGUAUUGUCACGAUUCCUUCUUAUUUCUUUUGCCGACUUGAAAAAAUGGACCUUCCACUACUGGUUUGCAUUCCCUGCUCUUAUGCUGGAUCCUCCUGCAAUUGUCAACUAUUUAAAGCCAGCUUCUCAGUGGUUGAGCAACGAAGAGGCAGAAUCCCUCUCUGUAGCUUGUAACGAAUGGCGUAACUCAAGGUCUACAGCAGAUGUUCCAUUCUUUUUUGUCACCAUAGAUCCAAACUCCUGCGCCACUAUCAAGCACCUAAAGGAUUGGGAGACUUGUCAGAGUGAAUCUUGCAAGAUCCUCUUUGGAUUUUAUGACCCAUGUCAUCUUCCAAAUAAUCCUGGGUGGCCUCUGCGGAAUUUCUUAGCACUUCUUUCUGCAAAGUGGAAUCUCAAGAGAGUUCAGUUUAUCUGCUAUAGAGAGAAUCGUGGUUUUGCAGAUAUGGACUUAUCCCUUGUCGGUGAAGCAUUGAUUACGGAUUCCCAAGGGGGGAGAGAUAGUGUACCUAAUGCAGUUGGAUGGGAAGUUAACAAAGGGAGAAAAACACCAAGACGUAUUAGCCUUUCUCAAUCUUUGGAUCCGGCUAGGUUGGCAAUAUCUGCUGCAGAUUUGAAUUUAAAGCUUAUGAGAUGGCGUGCUUUGCCUUCCUUAAACUUGAAUGCCUUAUCUUCUGUCAAGUGUCUUCUUCUUGGAGCAGGUACACUUGGAUGUCAGGUUGCUCGUAUGCUCAUGGCAUGGGGUGUCAGAAAAAUUACACUACUGGACAAUGGGAGGGUUGCUAUGUCUAACCCGCUGAGGCAAUCCCUGUAUACUUUGGAUCACUGCCUUAAUGGUGGCGAAUUCAAAGCUACAGCAGCAGUUAGAAGUCUUCAACAGAUCUUUCCAGCAGUGGAAGCUGAAGGUGUUGUAAUGGCUAUACCAAUGCCUGGGCAUCCAAUACCUAGCCAAGAAGAGAAGAGCGUAGUUGAUGAUUGUAGACGUCUUUCUGAUUUGAUUGAUGCACAUGAUGCAGUUUUCCUAUUGACUGAUACAAGGGAAAGUCGAUGGCUUCCAUCACUUCUUUGUGCUAAUACUAACAAGAUUACAAUUACUGCAGCUCUAGGAUUUGAUAGUUUCUUGGUUAUGCGCCAUGGAGCUGGCCCUUUCAGUCAAGCCCCUAAUCUGAGUACUGAAACUGUAACUUCUUUAUGUGAUGAUAUGCAAAAACUUAAUGUAAAUGAAGCAACAGGAAAGGAAAGAUUGGGAUGUUAUUUCUGCAGUGAUGUCGUUGCACCCACUGAUUCAACCUCAAACCGCACUCUGGACCAGCAGUGCACAGUGACUCGGCCAGGGCUUGCUCCUAUUGCUUCAUCCCUUGCAGUUGAGCUUUUAGUGGGGAUUUUGCAUCACCCUCAAGGGAUAUAUGCAGAGGGUGAAAUUAACUCCGGUGUCAUUGGAAGUACAGAGCAACCUCUUGGUAUUUUACCACAUCAAAUUCGGGGUUCCCUUUCUCAAUUUUCUCAAAUGACUCUUGUAGGUCACUCGUCCUCCAGCUGUACAGCUUGUUGCCAAAUGGUUGUAUCUGAAUAUCGGAACAGAGGAAUGGAAUUCAUACUUGAGGCAAUUAAUCAUCCCACCUACCUAGAGGAUCUGACUGGACUAACAGAGUUGAUGAAAUCAGCUGCAUCCUUCUCAUUGGACUGGGACAAAGACAUGGAUGAUGAAGACGACGACUGUGUUGAAAUUUAACACUCACUAGGAUUUCUGUAUCACUUUGUUAAUAAACAUUGCCAAGUUGCUCAAAAAGCUAAUUUGAAUAACUUCUCCCCUUUCCAACACUUAACAGUUUGCUUUGGCUACUGUACCUUUUCAAUUGUACAAAACUAAUUUACAUGUAAAAGUUAAAUUAUUUACUAAUUCUUGCCAUUGAUGCAAUUAUGGCCCAUUUUGUUGCGGAAGAA